AUGGUAUGGGAACGCCAGUACGACGGAGGGCAUCUCUCGCCUGUGAUGUUUGCCGGUCCCGAAGAACAAAAUGCGAUGGUGCAAAACCCACUUGCUCUUUUUGCAGUGUGCACGGGCUUGACUGUGUUUAUCGUACGACAUGAGCGAGAGAUUAUCAGCAUUCGAGAAAGAUUGGAUUACAUCUCGGGUGUCUUGUCCAUACGUCCUCGAGAUCCGCAUUCCGUAUUUUCGGAAGAGCCAGAACGGAUAUCAACUAAUAAUGUCACCGGGGUUGGGGAUUACCCCUUGGACGAAUCAAUCAUCAGCCGGAAAUGGAGAAAUGAGUUUCCAUUCAUGACAAUUCAGACGCCUUCUAUGAUGUGUUUUUUGGGAUUACCACCAAGAUUUGCAGCUCAACUGGUAGUUGCCGAAAGAGAAACCUCAUCAAUGUUGAUUCAGCCAGGGUUAUCGCUGAAUGUGGAAAUCCACGAAGAGCAAUCAAUCGGAGCGUUUAGAGCCCACUGCUAUAAAAUUCAUCACUGGUACCCUAUUCUGCAUCCGACAUUCUUUAAUACAUACCUCGAAAUGACAAAAGGCUUACUACCUCAGUCAACAGAUCUGUUUCUCAGUCUUGUCACUGCUGCAAUUGGAUCAGUGGUUCAAUGCAGGUCAUUUCGAGAGGUUCAAGAAACCCGUCCAGACACGAUUUAUAUCGAACGAGCGCUGUCGAUAUUGCCAGUUGUAAACAUGGAAUUCAGUCUGAGAAGCGUUCAAUGCCUCGUCAUGCUCACUAUUUACUACAAUUGUAUAAUGAAGCCAUGUCAAGCACACGACUAUAUUCUGAUGGCUUCUUUCAAAGCACAAGGUCUUUUCAAGUGUCAUUUUUAUCCCGAUGAUGACAUCAAUCAAAAUCUGUUGAGAAGGUGCUUUUGGUCAAUUCUCAUGAUUGAAACAGAUCUCGCAUACCACAUCGACAUGCCCGAAAGCAAUGCUUGGAAAUUCGAUGAUCGCAUUCUUCUGCCCGAAAUCUUCGAGUCAUGGCAACCCUACAGAGAAUACGAACAUCACCAACUGGACGACCUCCGGCUGAAUGAAAAUACCACCAAAGCCUACUUUUUGGCAGCAAUUGCAAUGUGUCGUAUGAUUAGGCGAUGCACUACAGCCAUAACAAUUUCUCACGACAAAGAAGUUUACGCGUCAGUCAUUGCACAUGAGCUCGCUCGCCAGCUUGAUACUUGGUACGACCGUCUUCCUGAAUCUUUACGAUUCGAUCGAACUAUUGAUCAGGGCGCACAAAAUACUGCUGUGUUAUCGCCAAGCAGUGAAAUUCCAGGCCUCACUACUGCCACGAAAUCUCUGAAAAUGCAAUACUAUCUAUGCUUGACAGGCAUAUUCUGGCCUGCAGUUUAUAGCGCGGUAUAUGUCGACAACAUAGGCUCUGAAGCGUUAGCUGAUUGUGCGAGGUACUUUGACGCAUAUGCUUCUUUUGUGGUUAGCGCCGUGGAAGCACUUCACAAUUAUCCCCCAAGUCCAUGGAGCAUCUAUGCGAGGUAA